ACUCUAGGUUCUUCCUGGUGCAAUUUAUUGGCUCAUUUAGUAACAAAAUAAGCAUUUCUUCCAGAUAGUCAAAAUGGUACCGUCAAGUAAUGUGCUGAUAUUUUUCCUGCUCUGUAUGGCAGCAUAUGGAGAGACACGGACAAUUAGUUCUACGGCUAAUAGUACUGACUUAGAAUCUGAGACAUCUACAGAAAAGAUAUCUAACGACACUUGUACUAAUUCAAACGAAUGUGGAGGAAAACUUUUUUGCGAUGAUGGAGUAUGUCAAUGUCCAGCUGAUUUAUUGUGGAAUGGAAUCAAAUGUAUAUUAAGAAAAUCUAUAAACGAUGCAUGCAUGAAAGAGGAAGAAUGCAGAACCAAUUUACACUGUGCUAAGAGUGUAUGUCAGUGUGCAUCAUCCGACUACUGGACAGGAUCAACAUGUUCUAUAAGAAAAGAUGAAAAGGCCCUCUGUAAUUCCCCGCUUGAGUGUAAAGCAACACUCCAGUGCAGAAAUAAUCACUGUGGUUGCUGUGAACAGGACUUCUGGAAUGGACAGUUCUGUGAAAGAAGAAAAUCUAUAAACGAUGCAUGUAUGAAAGAGGAGGAGUGCGGAACAAAUUUGCACUGUGCUAGGAGUGUAUGUCAGUGUGCAUCAUCCGACUACUGGACAGGAUCAACGUGUUUCAUAACAAAAGAUGAGAAUGCCCUCUGUAAUUCCUCAAUUGAGUGUAAAGCAACACUACAGUGCAGAAAUCAUCAUUGUGGGUGCUGUGAAAAGGACUUCUGGAAUGGGCAGUUCUGUGAAGAAAAUAUUUGCGCCGUUGAACUGUGUAUGAAUGAUGGCAAAUGUAAAAUCUCCGAAAAUAGACACAGAUGUGAGUGUGCUGAUGGCUAUCUUGGCGACAAAUGUCAGUAUGCAGAUGGACGAGAAAAGGAUUUUAUUGUGAUAUUUCAAGAAUCAUUCAGGAGUCCAUCACCAAGAAUAUUACCUACAGUUAACAGAAGUGGAACUUUAUCUGUUUUCUAUUUCACAACUUAUAAAAAUGUUUCAGUGACUUUCAAUUCCGUCGAUAAUCACUAUAACCUUGACUCUAAUGUACUAAUGACAAAUGGUUUGCACCAAGCUGGAGCAGUAAUACACUCUAAUGUUCCGAUCAACCUGUAUGGAUUCUUAUUUGUCCGUUCAUAUUCUGAAGGAUUCUUUGUUAUUCCAACUCGAUAUGCAUCAACAGAUUAUAUAAUUCCUUCGUUCACUCCACAUAACAAAUUUAAAAGCAUGUAUAGUGUAUUUGCCUUUUCUUCUGUCUAUUCAAAUACAGUUAUAGAAAUAAAUUUUAAAAUAAAAGAUUGGUCAGUUUCAUACGACAAUAUACAAUAUUCCAACAAUCAGACAUUAACAUUGGUACUGAAUAAGUAUACAACAUUUCAAAUAUGGCACACAUCAGACUUAACCGGGACAAGAAUUAUUGCAUCUAAGCCAGUUGUUGCAGUCAGUGGAAAUGUAUGCAACGUUAUAAACUAUGCAGGAGACUGUCAGCCAUUCAUUGAAAUGGUAUUACCUACAAAUCAACUAGAUAAUGUUUAUGUCAUUCCACAUUUAAAUUAUCAAUUGGAAAAUACAGUUCGCGUAAUUGCUGUAAAUGAUACAAACGUAGUGUUGAAGAAUGGUGACAAUCGCACCACAAACGUACUAAAAUCUCGAGACUUUUUCGAUUAUUUUCAUACAACUAUUUCAUGUGUUUCAUCUGCAACCGAUGUAAUGGUACAUAUAUACUCGCAUGAGCUAUCAGGUAGACAUGGAGACGCUUUUAUGAUGACGAUUCCCGGUAUUAACCAGUACCUGUAUGAUUAUGAUUUCAUGGUUCCUACAGAUUUUGAAAGUUUCGUCAGCAUUACGGUGCCUACAAACGCAGUCGAUGGCUUUGUACUGGACGGCAAUGUCUUAAAUUUGACAAAUAUUUACAGCAUUUCUGAAGAGGAAUAUCACUUCAGUAGUUUCAGUACUCCAAUAUCAAGUGGAUCACAUCACAUCACGCACACAAAAAAGACACGUUUUGGAUUAUGGGUUUAUGGAAAUUACAGCACCAGCGAUGCGUAUGGAUAUCCAGCCGGGAUGGCUUUUAAAACAUAAUGGGAACCGACAGGUUCUGCAACCGUGAUAAGCUUUUUGACUCAUAUUAUGUUCACGUUACCACAGUAUAAGAUUAUCAUAUUACGAAAAACUGUAAAAAUGUAUUUAAAAUCCAAAAGUU